CAACGGAAGUCAAUGUUGCUGAGGCAUUUGAACAUUAUCGCUCACUAUUAAAUUGUUACUUUGGAAUAGCUAACUUAUCCUCUCUGGGUCCUAUAUCUAUAACGCAAUCAAUAGCAGUGGCUGAUUAUUCUGUUUUGAUUGAUUCAGGAAGAGCUGAAUAUAAUUUUUCGGGUAUGUUCGGUGGUAAUGCCUAUGCUGAAAUAACAUUUUUUACUAGUACAGCAGUAAAAGCGGGUAAAAAUGUAAUGAUAGGCCUGGACGAUCGCCAGAAUGAAACUGAAACCAUAUUAUUUCAACAUAAAUUUGGUGCAAUACCAUUGGAUACUCGACAAUUGGUCCUAAUUAUUUAUUUUGAAAAAUUUCCUGAAAGGAAAGACAUAAUUUUGCUGUUUUUGAUAAUGUAA